UCACUGACAGUUGAGAGUAGAGACCAGUCGGUGCAGGAUGGUGUGACUUCAGUGAAGACUUUGAACCAAACAUUUAUCCAACUUUUAAAUUGCAAACCUCUUGUCUUGUCUGGUGUGUGUGUGGACCUUUAUAUAUACAGUCUAUGGUGUGGACGCAAAACCACUUUUACCUGUUGAUUUCUUCCCCCCCAUUACUUAUUUUUGUAUGCGAGUGUCUGUGACAGUGAGUUUUUGACACAGGCAUGGCUGAGGUACCGCAGCCGGUCGAAAUAGACCCGGAAUUCGAGCCUCUCUCCCGGCCGCGGUCCUGCACCUGGCCGCUUCCCCGCCCGGAGCUCAGCGACCCGGCCGGCUCCAACACCUCCUCCCCGGCCCCCUCAGUGCAGCAGGAGCCCGGAGGAAACACCGACUUCAUCAGCAGCCUCGGCUUGUUAGAGGAGGACUAUGAAGAGUAUGCGGAGCAGAGUGACUUUCAGUGUCGAGAGGGGAAUUGUGUCCCUCCACAGCAGCAGCACCACCUCCAUCCCCUCCAGCAGCAGCCGCCGCUCCCCGGUCCUCAGAUGCCCGCUCAGCAGGUCCCCUCUCCGGGCGUCGCUCCUCCUGGCAGCAGCACCUCCGGACCGAGGAAAAGCAGCUCGUCCCGCCGCAACGCCUGGGGGAACAUGUCGUACGCCGACCUGAUCACCAAAGCCAUAGACAGCUCACCUGAGAAGAGGCUGACUCUGUCUCAGAUUUACGACUGGAUGGUGAAGAACGUGCCUUACUUCAAGGAUAAGGGAGACAGCAACAGCUCCGCGGGCUGGAAGAACUCCAUCAGACACAACCUGUCGCUGCACAGCCGCUUUGUGCGCAUACAGAACGAGGGGACGGGCAAAAGCUCCUGGUGGAUGCUGAACCCCGAGGGGGGUAAGAGCGGGAAGUCGCCGCGCCGCAGAGCCACCUCCAUGGACAACAACAGUAAGUUUGCCAAGAGCCGAGGAAGGGCCACAAAGAAAAAGAUGGCUCUACAGGAGGGGGUUGAGGGGGGGGACGGCAGCCCUGGUUCCCAGUACUCCAACUGGCUGGGGAGCCCAAACUCUCACAGCAACGAGGACUUUGAAGCCUGGAGCUCCUUCAGGACGCGCACCAGCUCUGACGCCAGCACCCUGAGCGGCUGCCACUCGCCUUUCCCUCCUGACCCGGACGACCUGGGGGAGUCCGAGGGCCACAUGAUGUACCCCGGAGCGUCGGGAACCAAGAUCACCUCCUCUCUGCCCAGCCUGUCCGAGGUGGCCGGGUCCAUACACGGCUCAGAGAUGGUCAUGGAGGGUCUGCUGGAUAACCUGAACCUGCUGCCCCCUAAAACCCCACAGCUGGUUUCUGACUCCACACAUUCAUCAAAUGCUGCCAUGCUUCAGAGCGGCCCCUACAGCUCCCCCGGCUUGACCCCGCUCCCACAGAAAGACUACCGUAAAUGCAUGUACAGCCAGGUCAGGAUGAGCAACCUGCCCCCCGCCCCCAUGCAGACGCUCCCACAGACCAAGCCAGGCUUUGGGGCUUAUGAGAACCAGUACAUCUGCCCUGCUGGCCUCCUCAAAGAGCUGCUGACCUCAGAAGCAGAAGCCAAUAGGGAGGUGGGGAGGGGAGGUUGCCAACUGCCUCCUUACAGCCGCCAGAGCCACAUGGGGGGUCACAACGGGGCGAAAAUGAUGAAUCCUCCUCAGAGUCACCCUCACGUAAAUCCACAAGCUAUACAUAGACAGGGUCCUCCAAGCUCACACGAUUUGAAUAGCUGUAACAUGAUCCCCCUGACUAGUCUGACUAGUCCUUCAGGGCCCCCUCAUCGAAUGAACAGCCUGAGGACAUUCAUGCAGCUGCCUCACACACACCCCACACACACUUACUCUGUUUCCACGGGCUACGGCAGCACCAGCGGCUACAGGGCGCUCGGCUCGGUUCACCCUCACCUUCAUCACCAGGAGCGGCUGCCCAGCGACCUGGACAACGUGUCCAUUGAGAGGCUUGAAUGUGACAUGGAGACGGUGCUCCAUGACACCCUGAUGGAUGGCGGGGCCCUCGACUUUAACUUUGACCCCUCAGCUGGGUUCCCCCAAAGGGUGAAGACCACCACACACAGCUGGGUGUCAGGGUAGGAGCCAUGGUGGGGGACAAAAAGGUUUUCUCAGUUGCUGUUCACCUUCAUUCAGAGGCUGGAAACUGUAAAUGGACCACCCGCCAUCCUUUUCCAUCCUAACAAAAAGUUAUUUUAAAAUCUGCCAGCAUUAGCAAACUAGCCUUUCAUAACUGGAAACACAUAUUUGUUUAUUUCUGCUGGUUUAUUUUUUAUAUAAAUAUGUACAAUACCAUAUAUUACAUAUACAAAAGACAGCGUUAAAAUGCCGAACAAGAAAAGCCUUAGUCAUUUGGUUGGACUUAAAAUUUAAAUAGAGAUUUACCAACUCACUUAAAUGCACUUAUACGUUUAGUUUGACCGCACACUGUUCUGUUGGUGGUAGAAGUUUUUUAUUUGCCAACACGCAGUGAAAGUACCCAAUUAAAGUAGUGUCGGUCCGGCAUCUUCAAUGAGGUAACAUUAUCAACGAUUAUUCCCACAGUCCAAUAUAACUCAUUAAAUAGUUGUUGUUUUUUUGUCCAGGGCUUAAAAUGUCAAGAGUGAUAUAAAAACUGCUCCCAGAUCUUUAAAAGAGAUCAUGAUAUUAUAUUCUAGUGGACCAUAAAACCUGCAAAAUAUAAAUAAAUAACAGGAAUUUCCUAAUUGAGACUAUCCUUAUGCUCACACAAGUGGAAACCUAUUGAGCUCAUUCAACUCGAUGCAAGAUAAAACGAUAUAUCAUUUGCAUAUUGAUACGCAUCUACUAUAUU